AUGGCGGCUGCCGGCAGGGCCUGGCGGGUGGCCAUGCUGCUACCGCCCUGGCGGCUGCGGGCGCCGCGCUCGGCCUCCGGCCCCACGGCAGCAGCGGGCGGCGGGAGGCGGCUGCUGCUGGGCGCUGCCUUCGCAUUGGGCGGCGGCGCCGGCCUCUAUCUGGCGGCGCGGCACCGCCUGCGGGAGCACUCGGCCUCUGAGCUGCCUGCAGGGAGCCUGAAGCUCACUCUCUACCAGUAUAAAACAUGUCCAUUCUGCAGUAAAGUCCGAGCUUUUCUUGACUACCAUGGCCUGCCCUAUGAGAUUGUGGAGGUGAAUCCCAUCAUGAGGAAGGAGAUCAAAUUCUCUUCCUACAGGAAGGUGCCGAUCCUACUAGCCAAUGCUGGGAGCCCUCUGCAAUUGAACGACUCUUCGGUGAUCAUCAGUGCAAUAAAGACCUAUCUCAUUUCCAAGAGAAAUAGCUUAGAAGAGAUUGUGUCCUUUUAUCCUGCCAUGAAAACUGUGACUGAGCAAGGCAAGGAGGUGUUUGAGUAUGGGAAUAAGUACUGGCUGAUGCUGGAUGAGAAGGAGACAAAGCGAGUCUACCCUGUCAAAGAAGUGAGAGUUGAAGAAAUGAAGUGGAGGAAGUGGGCAGAUGAUUGGCUUGUUCACCUAAUCUCCCCCAACGUGUACCGCACCCCCAGAGAGGCCCUGGCCUCCUUCGAUUACAUCGUCCGGGAGGGCAAGUUUGGCACCAUGGAGGGGUUGUUUGCCAAGUACGUGGGGGCUGUUGCCAUGUUCUUCGUUAGCAAGAGGCUGAAGAAAAGACAUCAGCUUCACGACGAUGUCCGGGAGGACCUGUAUGAGGCAGUUAAUGAGUGGGUGAAAGCUGUUGGCAAGCAUCGACUCUUCAUGGGUGGCAGCCAGCCCAACCUGGCUGACUUGGCAGUGUACGGGGUGCUGCGGGUGAUGGAAGGGCUGGAAGCCUUUGACGACAUGAUGGCUCACACCAAGGUCCAGCCCUGGUACCAGCGCAUGGAAGAAGUCAUUCAAAAGGCUGUGGUCUGAAGCCAGCUGCAGCUGCUUUCCUGAAGUACUUGCAUGGUAAAAAACUUCAGCAGGAAUGGCAUUUCUAUGUAAAGAGUGGAAUGGACUGAUCACAGCUGAUGGACUGACGUGCAGGCACAGGCUGUCCUCUUUGGUGAGCAGAAAGGAUCUGGCUGGGUCUGUGUUUGAAUGUGGUAUUUAGAAGGACAGGGACAGGUAAAAGGAAGGGACCUCGGAUGCUGCUGGAAAGGAGAAGCUCUGAACUGAAGAAUGCAGCAAAUAGGCUUCUUUACAUGAGAGCCAUUCUCAGGGCAGGUUGCUGUAAAAGCAAGAUGCUGGUGGCUAGGAAGGGUCCCAGCCACAUCUGAUGUGGGGCUGAGCAGCGUUUGCUUCCGGCUGUCUUCCGCUACUUCUCCAGGCCAUCCUGAGUGUGUUCCUGACUGAGUCACUGGAUACUAUUUUUUAAAAACGACAAUUUUUCAUGCAGUAGAGUCCUGUAAGCCCAGUGCUGAGGGAACUGGAGGAAUCCACUGUACUGGGAAGGCAUCCUUCCUGUGACAAACACUGCUGCACUCAGCAGACUGCUUUUGCUCUUCCAUGUAAACAGUUCUGUCGGUACCCAGUUCUGUACACCCUGCAAGGAUAAAGGCUUGCUUCUU